AUGCUUCAAAUUGGUCCCGCGGAACCCGGUCUAGGCUCUCUUCAAGACGGCGGUACCCGCAGGAGCAACAGGCUCCAAGAUCACCCACCCGCCACCAUCCCAGAAUUUACUGACGAAAUUCUAGACGGCGAUCAUAUACACCAGCAGGUUCCUCCACGAGGAGUGAAACGGGGACGAGGUCGUUCACGCAAGGACCCCGUUCCAAAUGCGAACCUGUCUCGCAUCUACGUCGGGCCGAGAGGAAGAAAGAGAAGCGAUGUCCAAGUUGUCGACGGUGAAGACGACGUAAACUACAACGACGCCAGCUUUGACGACGGAGAGGAGUUGCUCGACAUAGAUCUCAGCGCCGACAACGAACUCGCAUACGAGGAUGACGAAUUCGGCCACAUGAGUGGCCUUGAAGAGCUCAACGAAGAAGAGGCUGUGAGAGAUGAAGACGCGGUCAAUGACGGCGAGAAGCUGCUCAACCAUAACAAGGAGGAUAACGCCAAUCAAGCCUCUACCACUCCGAAUCGAAACCCGGUUGAGACACCCAGUCUGUCGGAUAACAGCGCAAUGGAAAAGUACUUUCCACCAUCCGAAUUCUUGGAUGAGUGGAACGCGACACACGAAGGAGAACUUCGAUCGUGGCGGACUCGAGCAAUCGAGGUGAGGCGGGUCAACAUAGGCAACCAGCUCAGAAAGCUUUUCCUGCGGAAAACGAUGAUCCAUCUGUUUGAUGCAACACCAGACGAUCUCUUCACCUGGGGGUACCGCCAACCCAGUGCAAACAGUGUAAGCUAUGCGUUGGCCACCGCCCAGUUCAUAAUCAUGCUAUCAGAGAUUGUGCCUCAUCCUAUUUGGGACCACAAUAUCAAUCAUCUUCGGUACAUUCUACAAUGCGCAGCGGCUUCCCGUGUCGAUGGCCGCGUCGACCCGAUCGCACCUCCGGACGAGGCAGUGGUUCGGGAAAUGGAGCAGUUACGGACCGAGCUAGUAGCGGGAGGCAUCGCCGUUCCUCAAGCUCGAGAGAUUACAAGAGCGACAGCGUGGAAUCUUUACCUGAUGACUGAUAAGCGAAAGCCUGUGGUCAUCGCCCGACUCGCCGAAAUUCCGAGACAACGAAUCGACAACAAACCCCUCGGAGAUGACGGCAGACGGUCCUACUUCUAUGUUCACGAAGACCUUAUCGACAUCAAGACCUGCCUCGACGGCAUGGUCAUGAAGGAGCCCGGCAACAUCGAGGCGCUGCUGGACAGGUCAAACUUUGGGUACUUCCCCCACACAACCGCGGAGUACGAGGCCAUAUACCGACAAGAAACCAACCAGCCCAACAUGACUCACAGCGAAUUGACCUCGCUAUGGAUAAGAACAAUGACUCGCAGCGAAUUAGACGCGCUGUACAAGUUCGAGAAGCUGGCAAGGGAGAGGAAGGAAAAGCGAAGGAUUAUGCGGAGGCCCGACGUCCCCUAUUCUGAUCUGCUGCGAUACCAAGGCUUUCAGCACUGGGAAGAUGCAAUCUUGUCGAAGGACGCCGUCAAGAUCUUGUGGCCUGCCGGGCAACCCCGAACGUAG